AUGAAGGGACCCCGUGCUCCCUGGCGCUCGCGAGCCGCCAGCGGGGUGCGCCGGGGCCGGGGCCCUCCCGGAGCUCCCGAAUCCGCGAUCCCGCCGGGAGCGGCGGGUUCUCCUGGGCUCCGCGCGUCCGAGAUUAAGGCAGGGGCGCCCGCCCCAGCAACCGGGGCAGCGGGGCCGGCCGGGCGCGCCCGCGGCUCCCGGCGCCAGCAGCGCAGUGUCCUGGCCGGCCGCCCCAGCGCGCCUCCACCCCUGGUCCCGGGCGAGGCGAGGCGCGGGCAGUUGGGCGCGGCGGGCGCGGGGCUCCGGGAUGGAGGUGGCCUUGCUCCCGGCACCUCGGAGGCCCGCAUGCCCCGGAUCAAGACGCGUGCAGGCUCACUGUCGUCACCACUGUCCCAUGACAUGGCAGCAGGACCUCAAGCCACCACACUGCAGGAAGGAGAGGCAGGAAAAGGCACCCGGAAGGAAGAGACGAAACUUCCUGAUUUGGGCUGGUGCUCCAUGUCCAUCCGCCGGUCCCUGGGAAGCCACGCGUGGAUUCUGAUGGCCGUCCUGCAGCUCGCUGUGGAUCUCUCAUGCUGCGAGUCACGGGGCCCUGGCCCUGACUUCCGGCUGCUUCCCCGGCCGCCACCCCGGCCACCUCGGCUGUGGAGUUUGAAAAGCGGACAGCCGGCCAGGCCCGCCGCCACCCAGGUGUGGAGCCCCCGGCCAGCCCGCGGGGAGCGCCUGCACGGGCUCAUGCAGGCUGCCCGUGCCAAGCGGGCCCACAGGCCCAGGGACCAGGCGGCUGCCCUCGUGCCCAAAGCGGGGCUCGCCAAGCCCCCAGCCGCCGGCCGUUCCAGCCCCUCACUCGCCUCCCCUGCCUCAGCCUCGGCCCCAGCGGCUGCAGCCGGCAGCAGCGCAGAGCGGAACAGCCUCCUGGGCAGGGCCAAGAGGCAGGUGCAGAGGCAGGGCUUCAACAACUUUGACUUCCGGGGCAGCCGGCCCACCACAGAGCCCGAAUUCAUUGCCUGGGGCCCCACGGGGGACGAGGAGGCCCUGGAGUCGAACACCUUUCCGGGCCUCUUUGGCCCCACCACAGUCUCUGUCUUGCAAACACAGAAGACGACAGCGGCUGCCACCACCACUGUCACCACCACCACGGCCACCUCGUUGACACUACAGACUAAGGGGAUAACCGAGCCCCUGGAUCCCGGGAAAAGGAUCCCCUUCGGGCUUAGCACAACGGAGCUUCCUACCAGUCCUGGCAACAACGGCAAAGACAUCCAGACACCUCGGAUCCUGGGGGACACGUCAGGUCUGGCCGUGCACCAGAUCGUCACGAUCACCGUCUCGCUCAUCAUGGUCAUCGCUGCUCUCAUCACAACUCUUGUCUUAAAAAACUGCUGUGCCCAGAGCGGGCGCGCGCGUCGGAGCAGCCACCAGCGCAAGGUCAACCAGCAGGAAGAGAGCUGCCAGAACCUGACGGAUUUCCCAGCGGCGCGCGUGCCCAGCACGGUGGACGUCUUCACGGCCUACAACGAGACCCUGCAGUGCUCGCAUGAGUGUGUGCGGGCGCCCGUGCCCGUGUACACGGACGAGACGCUGCACUCGGCGGGGGAGUUCAAGUCCACGUUUAACGGAAACCGACCCUCCUCUUCUGACCGGCAUCUCAUUCCUGUGGCCUUCGUGUCUGAGAAAUGGUUUGAAAUCUCCUGCUGACUGCCCGCGUCUUCUUUACCUCCGGGGAGCAGGGCAGAGGCCGUGUCUCUGCUUCACGGUACGUACCACCUUUGGAGGCGAGAGUCCGCCCUCCCCGCCCCGCUUUCCCACACCCACGCGUGCGGACAAGGGGGCCCUGCUGGCCGAGUGACCCUUCGACCUUGCCCCA